AUGGGCAGAUUAAGCCCGGACCGCUGCUUCUCCCUCGGAUACAGACUUUCAUCCCCGCAUCGACGAGUCUCUCUCUAUGCCAAUGGCAAACCAGCGACCCAGAAGGAUCUGUUCGGAUACAACAAGGGCCGCUUCCUCGUCAACGAGGGAUACGAGCUGGCGAAACGGUACUCGUCCUUUGACAUCCGCGAGCUCUGCCGUACGGUCUCCGCGCUGCCUCGCGUGGCCGGCUCGCCCAUUACCCGAAUCGAGAAGAAGGAGGGCGGAUACAACAAGGCGAUGAUGAUGACCGCGGACAACGGGACCAAUGUCCUGGCAAAGAUCCCGUGCCGGAAUAUCGUGCCUCGAUGGUACGGGACCGCGUCCGAGGUGGCUGUCUUGGACUUUGUCAAAUCGCACUCGACCACGCCGGUCUCGGAUGUCCUCGCCUGGUGCGCGGACGACUCCAACCCCGUGCAGUCGGAAUACAUCGUCCUGGAGCCGAGCGUCGGCAAGCAGCUCAUCAAGGUGUGGGACGACCUGGCCGAACACGACCGCGUGAAGCUGAUCCGCAACUUUGCCUCCCUCGAAAGCAAGCUGGCAGCCAAUCAGUUCCCUGGCUAUGGUGCCUUGUAUCUGCAAAACGCCCUGCCCCCAGCGCUGAAACAACCCGGCCGAACCAUCGACGUGGAUGACACGUACUGCCUGGGCCCGAUGUACCAUGGCUCCUGGCCCGGGGGAUUCGCUGCAAAUCCAGACGACUAUGCAAAGUACUCAGGGCCAUGGAGAACCCUCGCCGACCUGGGCCGCGAUCUCGCCCACCAAGGCAUCUGCCAAGUACGCAACUACAAGACCUCCUACGCUGGCCGGGGCCCGCACUACGGCACGCCCGAGGAACACAUUCGCGUUCUGGAAAGAGUCCUCCAGGUGAUGCCGAUCCUCGCAGAAGCCGUCCCCAUCCGGCGCCACACCGAACCAGUCCUCAGCCACCCCGACUUCCACCCAGGCAACAUCUUCGUCUCCGCCGACGACCCCACCGUCAUCGUAGGCGUCAUCGACUGGCAAUUCACCUGCAUCCUCCCGCGCUUCACCCAGGUCCGCUGGCCGCUGUUCCUCGCCCCGCCGGAGGGCUACCAACCCGGCACGCCCAACCCGGAACUCCCGCCGACCGACAGCGACAACACGCAACAAGCGCAGGACGAGGCGCUACGCGCCAAGUGCUACGAGGCCGCGCUCCUCAAGUCCCACCUGGAAUCGUACCUCGCUCUCACCGAACCCGACGUUGCCAUCCGCCGCCUCUUCACCUCCUGCCCCUUCACCUACCGCGACGGGAUUCUGCCAGUGCGCGACUGUCUGCUCAAGCUCUCGCAGCAUUGGGCGCAUCUGCAGGUGAGCCAGGGGUGCCCGUACCGGUUCACCGCGGCGGAGGUGGCAGAGCACGAACACCAGAUGGCCGAGUACGAGGGCUGGCUGAAGCUGCGGGAGCAUACGCACCAGCUUCUCCGGUCCAAUGACGGCGGGUGGGUGCCGUCUGGAGUGGACUUUGAGGAGAUCCAGGCGAGGCAUGAUAAAUUGUAUCGACGGUUUGUGGAGACUAAGAUGGAGCGCAUGUCUGAGGAGGAUGCCAAACGGCAGUGGUUUUUCCGGGAUAGGGGGUAG